AUGCCGACAAAGCUCCGAGAGGAGUUCACCCCACCAGUCCCACUCUUGAGAGCACUUCGCCUUGAAUAUGCUGACUCAGCUCCUGUUGUGAAAGACAUAAUGAGAUGGAACAUGAUGUUUUGGUCGUCGAAAUGGAAAGUUGGGGAAGGAGACGACGAUCUUCAGUGGUCUCACACGACCGUUGGCACUGUAUGUGUCAACGACGAAGCCAUUCGGCGCCUCAGCGCUGUCCGCACCAACAUUGGACAACAGCAGGAGGAUGCUCGACUUGCAACCGAUGCAGAGAAGACAAUGACUGUUCGACAAGCUCUUCGCCUGAACAAGUGGGCAAUAAUUUGUUCAACGGCUAUGACCCUGGGCUCUUUCCUUGGUUAUGAUCAAUUCCGCCAACGCCUCAGCACAGAGCCCGACCCAGAUGGUAACCUCAGGAUCUCACCUGCCUGGCAAGCUGGAAUCCAAACCGGUGUGCAAGCAGACUCCAUCAUUGGUCUCUGGGCAAAUAGCUACAUCUCUGAAUGGUUUGGCUACAAGAAGACCAUGUAUGGCGCCUUGCUUGCAUCCGUCAUCUUCAACUUCCCCCACUUCUUCGUUCAAGGUAGCGGCAUGAUUGUAGCCGGUUCCAUCGUAAACGGUCUGCCAUGGGGAAUUUUCCAGACUCUUACCGUUACGUAUGCCUCGGACACCACUCCUUCAACCAUCCACCCUUAUCUGACCACCUACAUCAACCUGUGUUGGGUGAUGGACCAACUUGUCGCAGCAGGCACACUCCGCAGCUGUCAAACCCUAGGCAAUGACUGGAGUUGUCGCAUUCCAAUCGCUAUUCAAUGGGUUUGGGUGCUGUUUAUCUUCCUUGGCGCCUUCAUGGCUCCUGAGUUGCCCUGGUGGCUCGUUCGUAAAGGAUGCUACGAAGAAGCACGGGCGUCACUCGUUAAGACUACAACACCGCAGCCUGAUGUUCACUUCGAUCCAGAUCAGGCCCUUGCUUUGAUCAAGCACACCAAUGACCUCGAAGAAGCGACGAACGGUGGCGUAAACUACAUCGACUGCUUCACAGGCGUUGAGAAGCGCCGCACGCUUAUUGCUUGUGUCGUCUGGCUUACCUUACAGAUCUACCGCGAGUCUGGUCUUGACGAAGAAGGAGCGCUCAACCUCAACAUUGGCCAGUACUGCCUUAGUUUCACCAGUACUAUUGGCCCCUGGUCCCUCAUACGCCGCAUUGGACGCCGGACGUUGUACUUCGGGGGUCUGAUCAUCCUUUGUUCCUUUCUUAUGGUCAUUGGUGGUCUUGGUGUUAUCUCUCGCGACAACACAGGCGCGGCGUUGGCUCUGGGAUGUAUUUUGCUGGUGUCCACGCUUUUCUACAACUUUCACAGUUGGCCUUGUCUUGGACACAGUAUUCUGACUCUUCAAUGGGGAAGUAUUCUCAACAAUAUCGUCGUCCCACAUAUGCUCUCACCCACAGAAUGGGACUGGGCCGGUAUGACAGGCUUUUUCUACGCUGGGCUUACUGCUCUGCUUAUCGCCUUCAUGUGGUUCAUGCUGCCCUGA